UGUAGCUCUUUGCAGUUUUUGCAUUUUUAACAAUUUUGCAAAAGUCCGAUAAGUGGGAAGUGUUAGUAUGUGUCGACAAACAAAACAAAACCCUGGGUUCCUCCUCCUCCAGGUUCCGGACCUCCCCAUGGCUGGUUAUGACGAGGACAUCGCUAAGAACCCCUUCUACUUGGCGCUGGAGAAGCAGAGGCCUGACCUGUGCGCCCAAGUGGCCCAGCUCCACGGCAUCGUUCUGGUGCCGUGCUGUGUCAGUCUGGGCCAGAGCAGCCUGUCCAGCUGCCACUUUGACAGCUACGUGCUGCAGCCUGGAGAAGGGCGCUACCACACCGCUGAUGGACAGGAGGUCAGGAUCCAGGAAAGGCAGGUCCUGCUGGGGUCCGGCUCGUCCGUCCCCAUCCUGUUCGAGGAGACCUUCUACAACGAGCGGGAGCAGAGCUUCAGCAUCCUCUGCAUCUCCCGGCCCGUCGAGGCGGCGCCAGGCCCGGCCGAGCUCGGCCCGUCGGCGCCGUACUGCCUGAAGAGUCUGGAGGAGGUGGAGGACUUCCUGGGCCGCCACGUCCACAAGCUGGACAAGAUGAUCCUCAACUUCUGCCAGGCCUUCAAGGAGCACGAGAGGAAGGGACUCCGACACCACAUGGACUCAGUCCAUGGGCUGUACACUCGAUGUCUUCAGUGUUUGCUGAGAGACUCUCGUCUGAAGGUCCUGGCCAAGCAGGAAGUCCAGAUGAACGUGCUGAAGCAAGCAGUGGAGGUCUACCUCCACCACGGCAUCCACGGCCUCAUCUUCAACUACGUGGGCUCGCUCGAAGCCAGCCAGGACGCCGCCUUCAACAAGACCACCCGGAGUCUGCAGGAGCUCCAGCACAAAGACUUGGGAGUCAAGCCCGAGUUCAGCAUCAACAUGUCUCGCGCCAAACGAGAGCUGAGUGGACUCAACCGGCAGACGUCGCCGCUGCUCAAACUCCUCUGCCUGCGUCGUGUCGCCCUGAUCGCCACGCACACGCCCACCUCCGCAGUCAGCAUCGAAGCUGUGUGCGCAGAUGACCUGCUCUCCGUCAUCCUCUACCUUCUGAUCAAGAUGGACGUCCCCAACUGGAUGGCCAACCUGAGCUACAUGAAGAACUUCUGCUUCAGUCACUCUGGCAAAGAUGAGCUGAGCUACUGCCUGAGCACCUUUGAGGCCGCGGUGGAGUACAUCAAUCUGGGCAAAGUGCACCAGGCGCUCUCGGGUUGCGUUCAGGUGAGCAAGGCGAAGCUGACACAGAAUCUGAGUCUGGCGGUUCAAAGCGCCGCCACGCCCGUCAGCUGUCUGUUUGAGCACAUUGCAAAUGGAAACGAGGCGGAGGUGGAGCGUCUGCUGAGCGUAGGCAAAAGCGAAGAGGACGGCCCAACGUGUCACCCCCUCUGCUCCUGUGAAGUCUGUGACCUGCAGCUCUCCGGGAAGUUGAACGAUCCGUCCAUCAUCACCUCCUUCUCCAGGGACGACAGGGGUUACACGCCUCUGCACGUCGCCGCCGUCUGCGGCCAGGCUCAUCUGAUCGACCUGCUGGUGUCCAAACUGGGAGCGCCAGUCAACGCCACCGAUUACCACGCCCUCACACCGCUGCACCUUGCGUGUCAGAAGGGAUACCAGGGGGUCACGCUGCUGCUGCUGCACUACAAGGCGGACGGCGACGCUCAGGACAACAACGGCAACACGCCGCUGCACCUGGCGUGCAUGUACGGCCACGAGGACUGCGUGAAGGCCCUGGUCUACUACGACUUCCAAACGUGCAGCUUGGACCUGCAGAACGACAAAGGGGACACGCCGCUGCACUUGGCGUCGCGCUGGGGCUACGAGGGCAUCAUCCAGGUCCUCCUGGAGAACGAGGCCGCCGUCAACGUGCUCAACAAGAACCGGGACACGGCGCUUCAUUGUGCGCUCAACUCCAAGAUCGUCACGCUGAUAAAGUCGACGCGGAGCAGCCAGCCGUGCAGGAGCAUCACCGGCGUUCACGCGAGUGUCCCCGCCUCCCCCGCGGCGUCCGACUGCAGCAGCCGGCGCUCGUCCGUGUCCAGCACCUCCUCUCCGGGCUGCCAGCUCCAACCCGAGCGGGCGCUGGUGCGACAUCGCCAGGUGGAGAAGCUGCUGCGUGCGGUGGCGGACGGCGACGUGGAAAUGGUGCGCUACCUGCUGGAGUGGACUGAUGACGAGGAGGAGGGACAGAUCUUGUCCCAGGUGCCGCUGUGCCACCCGCUGUGCCAGUGUCCCACCUGCGCGCCGGGUCAGAAGGUGUGCGCGGCGGAGGCGGGCGCGCUGGGCGUCAACAGCUGCAACGCCGACGGCUUCACGCCGCUCCACGUGGCCGCCACGCACGGACACGCCGAGCUGACCUCGCUGCUGCUGCGCCACGGGGCCCGCGUCAACGGGCACGGCAACCAGCAGGCCACGCCCCUUCACCUGGCCAGCCAGAACGGCCACCCGCAGGUGGCGGUCUCCCUGCUGGAGUGCAACGCCAAGCUCAACAAAAAGGACCGCCACGGCAACACGGCCCUGAUCCUGGCGUGUCUCGACGGCAACCUGGACACCGCCGACGUCCUCCUACAGAGCCAGGCGCUGGUGAACGCCGCCAACCAUCAGGGGAACACGGCGCUGCACGAGGCGGUGCGGGGCGGACACCCGGCGCUGGUGGAGCUGCUGCUGAGGGGCGGAGCCUGCCCGGAGCUCAGGAACAAGAGGCAGAGGACGCCGCUGGACAGCGCCUACGAGCUCGGCGGCAAGAACUCUGAGAUCCUGCGAGCGCUGCAGAAGGCGUCCGGACUCUCCCCCGACGACGAGCCCAUCAAGCUGCUCUCCGUGCCCAAAGGCACUCUGGCACACACCUUCGUGCAGCGCCUCAGGACCAACGACCUCCUCUCUGGACACAAGCACGCCGCCAGCAGGAUUGAGAAGGCGAAGAGAAACUCCUGCAGUCCUUCUCGCCCGGCCGCCCGGGUCAGGACAGUCGCCAAGGACCAGGCGGGUGGAAGAAGCCACGCCCCCCGCCUGGCUCGCUGGCACACGCUGGACUCCGAGGAGCGGGCGCCGCCGCCGUCGCCGUCCAACGUGCGCACGCUUGGCGCACGAGCGCGGACACGCAGCUUCGACGACGAUAGCGCUACGAUGUCAUCAUCGGACAACUCGCCUCCGUUGACGCUCGCCUCCGUGACACGCCCCCAAAUCUGUCUGAACGGAGGGCGUGAUGAUGAGUCACAUGACCUGCGCUCUGCACCCUCCACCGCACUUGAACUCCACCACCACGUGCACGCUCAUGAUGGCGCUGCUGGUGCGCCUCAUCGCCAAGAAACGCCCCUUUCCAGUGACACACGCCAUUGUCAAGACACACCCCUAUCCAGUGAUACGCCCCAUUGUAGUGACACACCCCAUUGUCAAGACACGCCCCUUUCUAGUGAUACACACCUUUGUAGUGACACGCCCCAUUUCUGUGAUACACACCUUUCCAGUGACACACCCCAUUGUCAAGACACGCCCCUUUCUAGUGAUACACACCUUUGUAGUGACACGCCCCAUUUCAGUGAUACACACCUUUCCAGCGACACACCCCAUUGUCAAGACACGCCCCUUUCCGGUAAUACACACCCUUCCAGUGACACACCCCAUUGUCAAGACACGCCCCUUUCCAGUGAUACACACCCUUCCAGUGACACACCCCAUUGUCAAGACACGCCCCUUUCCAGUGAUACACACCUUUCCAGUGACACACCCCAUUGUCAAGACACGCCCCUUUCCUGUGAUACACACCCUUCCAGUGACACACCCCAUUGUCAAGACACGCCCCUUUCCAGUGAUACACACCUUUCCAGUGACACACCCCAUUGUCAAGACACGCCCCUUUCCAGUGAUACACACCCUUCCAGUGACACACCCCAUUGUCAAGACACGCCCCUUUCCAGUGAUACACACCUUUCCAGUGACACACCCCAUUGUCAAGACACGCCCCUUUCCAGUGAUACACACCUUUCCAGUGACACGCCCCAUUGUCAAGACACGCCCCUUUCCAGUGAUACACACCUUUCCAGUGACACGCCCCAUUGUCAAGACACGCCCCUCUCCAGUGACACGCCCCAUUGUCAAGACACGCCCCUUUCCAGUGAUACACACCUUUCCAGUGACACGCCCCAUUGUCAAGACACGCCCCUUUCCAGUGAUACACACCUUUCCAGUGACACGCCCCAUUGUCAAGACACGCCCCUCUCCAGUGACACACCCCAUUGUCAAGACACACCCCUCUCCAGUGACACGCCCCAUUGUCAAGACACACCCCUUUCCAGUGAUACACACCUUUCCAGUGACACGCCCCAUUGUCAAGACACGCCCCUCUCCAGUGACACGCCCCAUUGUCAAGACACACCCCUUUCCAGUGAUACACACCUUUCCAGUGACACGCCCCAUUGUCAAGACACGCCCCUUUCCAGUGACACGCCCCAUUGUCAAGACACACCCCUUUCCAGUGAUACACACCUUUGUAGUGCAACGCCCCAUUUCAGUGAUACACACCUUUCCAGUGACACACCCCAUUGUCAAGACACGCCCCUCUCCAGUGACACGCCCCAUUGUCAAGACACGCCCCUUUCCAGUGAUACACACCUUUGUAGUGACACGCCCCAUUGUCAAGACACGCCCCUUCCCAGUGAUACACACCUUUCCAGUGACACACCCCAUUGUCAAGACACGCCCCUCUCCAGUGACACGCCCCAUUGUCAAGACACACCCCUUUCCAGUGAUACACACCUUUGUAGUGCAACGCCCCAUUUCAGUGAUACACACCUUUGUAGUGACACGCCCCAUUGUCAAGACACGCCCCUUUCCAGUGAUACACACCUUUGUAGUGACACGCCCCAUUGUCAAGACACGCCCCUUUCCAGUGAUACACACCUUUGUAGUGACACACCCCAUUGUCAAGACACGCCCAUCUCCAGUGACACACCCCUUUUCCCAGACACGGCCCCCUCUAGCGAUAUGCCCCUUAGUCAAGACAUGCCCAUAUCUAAUGUUCAAGACACGCCCCUUUCUUGUGACACGCCCCAUUACAAAGACACGCCCCACUCCACUGACACGCCCAUAUCUAGUGGCCAGGACACACCCCUUUCUAGUGACACGCCCAUCUCCAGUGACACGCCCCUUUGUCAUGACACGGCCAUAUCUAAUGUCCAAGACACGCCCCUUUCCAGUGACACGCCCCAUUUCCAAGACACGCCCCUUUACAAAGACACGCCCCCCUCUAGUAAAAUGCCCCUUUGUGAAGACACGCCCAUAUCUAGUGGCCAAGACACACCCCAUUCUAGUCACGCGUCCCUUUGUAGCAAACUGCCCAAUGGCCAAGACACACCCCUUUCUAGUGACACACCCCUCUCUAGUGAUACCCCCCAUUGCCAAGACAAACCCCUUUCUAGUGAAACACCGCAUUGAGAAGAUACACCCCUUUCCAGUGACACACCCCUUUGCCAAGCCACGCCCCUUUCCAGUGACACAUCCCCCAAUGAUAAGACACACCCCUUUCCAGUGACAGCAUGCUAACAGUAGCAUGAUGACAUAGGACCUACUUCUUCUAAGAUAUAAUGCGCCUCUGUCAAGACACACCCCUUUCUAGUGACACACCCCUUUCUAGGGAUACACCCCAUUGACAAAAUAUGCCCCAUUGCCAAGACACACCCCUUUCCAGUGACACACCCCUAUGCCCCUAUGCCAAGACACGCCCCUUUCCAGUGAUAUGCCCCAUUGCCAAGACACGCCCCUUUCCAAUGAUAUGCCCCAUUGUUAAGACACUCCCCUUUCCAGUGAUACACCCUUUUGCCAAGACACGCCCCAUUGCAAAGACACGCCCUCUCCUUUCUAGGGAUACACCCCAUUGAUAAAACACGCCCCAUUGCCAAGAAACACCCCUUUACAGUGACACACCCCUAUACCCCUAUGCCAAGACACGCCCCUUUUCAGUGAUACGCUCCAUUGCCAAGACACACCCCUUUCCAGUGACACACCCCUAUACCAAGACACGCCCAUUUCCAGUUAUACACCCUUUUGCCAAGUCACACCCUUUUGCCAAGACACGCCCCAUUGCAAAGACACGCCCAUAUCUCAUGUCUAAAGCACACCCUUAUCUAGUGACACACCCUUUUGCCAAGACAUGCCCCUUUCCAGCAACACAUCUUUUUGCCAAGACACGCCCCAUUACAAAGACACGCCCCUCUCCAGUGAUACGCCCAUAUCUCGUGUCCAAGACUCGCCCCUUUCUAGUGACACACCCCUCUCCAGUGACACACUCCAUUGCCAAGACACGCCCCUUUCCAGUAAUGUGCCCCAUUGCCAAGACACACCCCUUUCCAGUGACACACCCUAUGCCAAGACACGCCCCUUUCCAGUGAUGUGCCCCAUUGCCAAGACACGCCCCUUUCUAAUGAUAUGCCCCAUUGUUAAGACACUCCCCUUUCCAGUGUAACACCCUUUUGCCAAGACACGCCCCAUUGCAGUGGCACACCCAUUGCAAAGACACGCCCCUCUCCAGUGAUACGCCCAUAUCUCGUGUCCAAGACUCGCCCCUUUCUAGUGACACACCCCUUUCCAGUGACACACUCCAUUGCCAAGACAUGCCCCUUUCCAGUGAUAUGCCCCAUUGCCAAGACACACCCCUUUCCAGUGACACACCCUAUGCCAAGACACGCCCCUUUCCAGUGAUGUGCCCCAUUGCCAAGACACGCCCCUUUCUAAUGCUAUGCCCCACUGUUAAGACACUCCCCUUUCCAGUGUAACACCCUUUUGCCAAGACGCGCCCCAUUGCAGUGGCACACCCAUUGCAAAGACACGCCCCUCUCCAGUGAUACGCCCAUAUUUCGUGUCCAAGACACACCCCUUCCAGUGAUGCACCCCAUUGAGAAGACACACCCCUUUCCAGUGAUACGCCCCAUUUCCAAGACACGCCCCUUUGUCAAGACAUGCCCAUAUUUUGUGUCCAAGACACGCCCCUUUCUAGUGACACACUCCAUUGCCAAGACACGCCCCUUUACCAUGACACCCUUUCUACACCUAUAUUUAUGUAUUUAUAGGAGUAUUGCAGUACUGUGACAUAUGUGCUACUGCAAUACUUAUCAUUGGGAAUAUGGAUUUUAUUUGUACAUUAAAUGUACAAGAAUGCUCAAGUACUCCUUUCUUAUACUUUGUCACACCCGAGGGCGGGUGAGGGGGGUUGGGAAAAAUGUCACAUUUUUGGGCACCGUAAAAUGUCACCCAGAUGGCCUUUUUUUAUAUAUACAAAUUAGUUUUAAGUAAGUUAAGUACCAAUGAUUGUCACACACACACGAGGUUUGGCGAAAUUAUUCUCUGCAUUUGACCCAUCACCCUUGAUCACCCCCUGGGAGGUGGGAGGAGCAGUGAGCAGCAGCGGUGGUCGCGCCUGGGAAUCAUUUUUGGUGAUUUAAUCCCCAAUUCCAACCCUUGAUGCUGAGUGCCAAGCAGAUGGGACUUAAAUGCUUUGACGCCAAUUUAACUGAUAAGUCACAUAUAGGGAUGUCGAUAAAUGCUUUAAAAUGUAAUAUCGGAAAGUAUCGGUAUCAGUUUCAUAAUUAUCGGUAUCAGCUAAAAACGUGAAAUUUGUGACUUUUUAAAAACGCCGCUGUGUACACGGACGUAGGGAGAAGUACGGAGCGCCAAUAAACCUUAAAGGCACUCCCAGUCACAUAAUAUCUACGGCUGUUCACACACACAAGUGAAUGCAAAGCAUACCUGGUCAACAGCCAUACAGGUCACACUGAGGGAGGCCGUGUAAACAACUUUAACACUGUUACAAAUAUGCGCCACACUGUGAACCCACACCAAACAAGAACACAUUUCGGGAGACCAUCCGCACCGUAACACAACAUAAACAAAACAGAACAAAUACCCAGAAUCCCUUGCAGGACUAACUCUUCCGGGACGCUACAAUAUACCCCCUCCGCUACCCCUAACCCCCCCACCUCAACCCCGCCCCCCUAAGCCUGCCCCCCAUAACCCCACCCACCUCAACCUCCUCAUGCUCUCUCAGGGAGAGCAUGUCCCAAAUUCCAAGCUGCUGUUUUGAGGCAUGUUAAAAAAAAAACAAUGCACUUUGUGACUUCAAUAAUAAAUAUGGCAGUGCCAUGUUGGCAUUUUUUUUCCAUAACUUGAGUUGAUUUAUUUUGGAAAACCUUGUUACAUUGUUUCAUGCAUCCAGCGGGGCAUCACAACAAAAUUAGGCAUAAUAAUGUGUUAAUUCCACGACUGUAUAUAUCGGUAUCGGUUGAUAUCAGUAUCGGUAAUUAAGAGUUGGACAAUAUCGGAUAUCGGUAAAAAAGCCAUUAUCGGACAUCUCUAGUCACAUACAUCGUGUGCAGUGUUUGCUGUGUGAAUGUUGUGUAAUUUCUACAUUUAUACUUUGUGUUAAUAUAUCAACACUAAACCUUCCAUUUUAUUUAUGUAAAAUACACAAUGGAUGUUACACUUUUGUUGUUUUUAUAUUUUCAGUCUUACAAACCUAAAUAUAUUAACGCUGUCCCCCCGCAGGGGAAACUGGGUAAAAGCACGGCACACUGCUAAA